GAGGGGUGCAGCGGGGCGGGGCGGGGGUCUGCGGUCCGCUCUGGGCGCCGGACAGAGGGCCAGGACUCAGAGGAUGCUGCGCACCCAGAAUUAAUGGGGAGCCCCUGGCGUUGUCCAACACUUAACUAUAGUCUCCGGUGCCCCUCUAGGGCUGUGAAUGCCACAGGUGGGGGGCUGGGUAAGGUGUGCCGGCAGGGGUGGAGCUCGCGAGGGGCCGCACCUAGAGGUCUCGGAACCCGGGGGUGGGCUCCCUCCCGCCAUCCCGGAACCCUGCUUCUCCCACCGAUUGCUCCGUUUAGUUACCUGGAGAGGGAAAAAGAAAGCUUCUGCUGGGAGGAGAAAUUCUUUAGGGUUCCAAUGAAGUGGUUUGUCUGGUUUUUACCUGCGAGAGCUGUUGGAAGAAGGGGCGCCAGGAUUUGAGCAGGUGGGAUCCAGGGUAAUGAACUAGGGGCAGUGGCCAUCUCGUCUGUUUCGCAAAGGUCACAGGCUGCUUCUCCAAGACCAUCUGGGGAACUUAGCAGACCUCCCGCGGUGCCUGCCCUUGAUGCCCAAGGACCCCGCCUGGCAUUGCUGGGCCUCUGACUGCUGCUGUUUCCUGCCACAGCCCCAACCCUAGCGAUGCCCUCUUCCGUGGACGCCCUGGGUCAGGCAUGUUCCCCCGGCUGCAGCCUGGCCCUCAGCACCUGCUGCUCGGUCUCAGCCUGGCAGAGGAGGCUGCCCGUCCUGGCGUGGCUGCCUGUGUACUCUCUGCAGUGGCUGAAGAUGGACUUCAUCGCUGGGCUCUCGGUUGGCCUCACAGUCGUUCCCCAGGCGCUGGCCUAUGCAGAAGUGGCUGGGCUGCCUCCCCAGUACGGCCUCUACUCUGCCUUUAUGGGAUGCUUUGUGUAUUUCUUCCUGGGCACCUCCCGGGAUGUGACUCUGGGCCCCACAGCCAUCAUGUCCCUCCUGGUGUCCUUCUACACCUUCCACAAGCCUGCCUAUGCUGUGCUGCUGACCUUCCUGUCAGGCUGCAUCCAGCUAGCCAUGGGGUUCCUGCGUUUGGGGUUCCUGCUGGACUUCAUCUCCUGCCCUGUCAUUAAGGGCUUCACCUCCGCUGCUGCCAUCACCAUCGGCUUUGGACAGAUGAAGAACCUGCUCGGUCUGCAGAACAUCCCCAGGCAGUUCUUCCUGCAAGUGUAUCGCACCUUCCUCGACAUUGGGGAGACCAGGGUGGGCGACGCCGUGCUGGGGCUGGUCUGCAUGCUGUUGCUGCUCGCACUGAAGCUCAUGCGGGACCGCAUGCCUCCUGUCCACCCUGAGAUGCCUCCUGGCGUGCAGCUCAGCCAUGGGCUGGUGUGGACUGCUGCCACAGCUCGCAACGCCCUGGUGGUCUCUUCUGCGGCCCUGGUUGCGUACUCCUUCGGGGUGACUGGAUACCAGCCCUUCAUUCUGACUGGGGAGAUAGCCAAGGGGCUUCCUCCCGUGCGAGUCCCUCCCUUCUCGGUGACCACGGCCAAUGGGACUGUCACUUUCACCGAGAUGGUGCAGGACAUGGGGGCGGGGCUGGCUGUGGUGCCCCUGAUGGGACUGCUGGAGAGCAUCGCGGUGGCCAAAGCCUUUGCAUCUCAGAACAAUUACCGUGUGGAUGCCAACCAGGAGCUGCUGGCCAUCGGCCUCACCAACACGCUGGGCUCCCUUGUCUCAUCGUACCCGGUCACCGGCAGCUUUGGGCGGACAGCCGUGAAUGCCCAGUCUGGGGUGUGCACCCCUGCGGGAGGCCUGGUGACAGGUGCACUUGUGCUGCUCUCCCUGGACUACCUGACCCCACUCUUCUACUACAUUCCCAAGGCUGCGCUGGCUGCUGUCAUCAUCAUGGCUGUGGCCCCACUGUUUGACACCAAGAUCUUCGGGACGCUGUGGCGGGUUAAGAGGCUGGACCUGCUGCCCCUCUCUGCGACCUUCCUGCUGUGCUUCUGGGAGGUCCAGUAUGGCAUCCUGGCAGGGACCCUGGUGUCUGUUCUUCUCCUCCUGCACUCCGUGGCCAGGCCCAAGACCCAGGUGUCAGAGGGGCCAGUCCUUGUCCUGCAGCCAGCCAGUGGCCUGCACUUCCCUGCCAUUGAGGCCCUGCGGGACACUGUACUGAGUCGAGCCCUGGGAGCAUCCUCUCCAUGCGCUGCGGUUCUCGAGUGCUCCCACAUCUGCAGCAUCGACUACACUGUGGUGCUGGGCCUGGGCGAGCUCCUUGAGGACUUCCACAAGCGCGGUGUCUCCCUGGUGUUCGUGGGCCUGCAGGUGCCCGUGCUCCGUGCCCUGCUGGCCGCUGACCUGAAGGGGUUCCAGUACUUUUCCACCCUAGAGGAGGCAGAGAAAUACCUGAGGCAAGAGCCAGGCGCUGAACCCUACAACAUCUGUGAAGAUUCUGUCCCGGAACACAAGGCUGCCUUGCUGAAGGCCUAGCUGGGCCACCCUGGUGGGCGACUGGCGUUGAGUCCCAGAAGGUGCCUGUCUGUGUUUUGAGGCCGACACUGGCAGGACUCUAACAUCCUUUGGGUGCUUGCAGGCACCUCCCUGCCGCCCCGCGAACCUUAUUGGAAGAGUGUCGGAGAGAGCCUGCCACAGGGGAGGAAGGCAGUGGCGAGAGCGCCGUGGGCUGUGACCCCUGCAGGCAGGAUGGGGUGGGGGGCCUCAGAGAUGAAUCUGUCCCCACGCAGGGGCCGUACAGAAGAACAAGGCAGGCCAAGCAUCUUGUCUGUUUUAAGACAAUUCCGCUUUUAAAACUCAAAUAACAACUUUGGUAUUUUGUAAAAAUCAUAAGUGCUUAUUGUGUAAAAUACAGGAACCGUUCCCAGUCCACUUGAUUACCCCAGGCCCUGCCCACUACAAGUGCCUGUCUGUCCUGAGCGGGUGGAUGCCCGGGGUUUACAAAGAUAGAAUCGCUUCACGCGUGGUGCUUGGAACCCAGGUUUUCAUGCAGGCACUUGCUGUGAAUUGUUUAUUGUGAUAAUAAACGAGGUAAUGGUUUUUAAUGUCGUUGUACUGUUUUGGUCCAGGUCUGUAUUGUAAUUUGAUGAGUCCUCUGUUGACCGUGUGUGGAUUGUGGACUGAAUUGUGUCCCCCAAAAUCCAUAGGAUGAAGCCCGAACCCCCAGUGUGACUCUGGAGAUGGAGCCGUGGGAAGUCAUUAACAUGUUCAUGACAGGGCCUUAAUUCUUGUGUCUCACUGCCGGGCUGCUUGAACCAUCGGUGGUGCACACAGGACUGUCCCUUCCAGUGGCUUUUUAUUAAUCUAGUUAGUAAAAAGACCAAUGAAUGUGAUUAAUUAGAUCUUUUUGUACCACUUGAGGGGACAGUCAUACAUGGGCCACCAUUGGGAACGUGUUAAGCAGGGGGUCAACUCUUAGAGGAAACCAAGAGGUUUUGGGAGCUGAGCAGUGCUAUAACUUAGAAAAACCCAGGUUCAAAUGAUCUUUUUCCAUUAUUACCAGAGAAUAAUGAUGC